GAAGACACUUCAGUUUGAUCACGGUAAGCUAAAUAGUGCGACCCCCUCCGCCGCUGGCCAAACAAGGGAGGCUGGCAGGGCUCCGGAUCGCGCCGAGCCAAGUCCGAACCGUGCGUCCGCGUGUGGCCCGUGUCAACCUGCCGGGACAGUGUUUAUCAGUGCGUCAGUGUUGUGCCCGGACACCCCGUGCACCAUGUGUUGUGACUAGUGACAAAUGCGAAUGAAACAACUGUACAGCCCUCGUUCCGUGGAUGGUGACUCCAUGUUGUCGCAGAAGCUGUAUGGGGACGCGCCAGUGAGCAGCGCCAUGAGCCCCGCCAUGAGGGCGCGGUCCCCCAUGGAGUCGUCGUACUCCAUGACCUCCAUGAACUGUGUGGCGAUGAACUCGAUGAGUUCACCGCAGGGCGCGUCGGCCGCCUUCAGCCCGGACCACCGCCACCGGAUGGACAGGAUGCAUGACAUGAGCUCCAUGAACAACUGCAUGCCCGGGUCCAGCCUGAGCUCGUCCAUGGGCUACAGCUCCCCCAUGGGCGGCGUGGGCGUGAGCUCGUGCAUGGGCACCAUGAGCACCAUGAGCAGCCUCCCCAUGAGCUGCUCGAUGGCGGGCUACUCCAACCUGGGGCCGCCGUUGAGCGGGCGCGGCGAGCCGGGUGCCGCCGAGCCCGUGUCCCCCAACUCGCAGCUGCGGCGCGGCCAGGAAAAGCCCUACCGCCGCUCCUACACGCACGCCAAGCCGCCCUACUCGUACAUCUCGCUCAUCACCAUGGCCAUCCAGAACACGCCCACCAAGAUGCUCACCCUGUCCGAGAUCUACCAGUUCAUCAUGGACCUGUUCCCCUUCUACCGGCAGAACCAGCAGCGCUGGCAGAACUCCAUCCGGCACUCGCUGUCGUUCAACGACUGCUUCGUCAAGGUGCCGCGCACGCCGGACAAGCCGGGCAAGGGCUCCUUCUGGACGCUGCACCCGGAGUCGGGCAACAUGUUCGAGAACGGCUGCUACCUGCGGCGCCAGAAGCGGUUCAAGGACGAGAAGAAGGAGCAGCAGCGGUCGCACACCAAGAGCACGUCGCCGCACCCGGCCGACGCCAAGAAGGAGGACGAGCACAAGCACAUGCACGACAAGGAGGCGCACCUGGGCAUGCUGGCGGGCAUGCACCCCAAGGUGGAGGACCCCAUGUCCAUCCUGUCUCACGCGGCCGUCGGCGCCGACCUGUGCGGGCUGCCGCAGCAGCUGCAGCACCACCACCAGCCGCCGCCGCACCACCCGCACCAGCCGCAGCUGCACCAGCUGCAGCAGCAGCAGCCGCCACCCCCGCCCCACCACCACCCGCAGCAGCAGCACCACCAGCCGCAGCCGCACCACCAGACCCAGGACGACCUGGCCGCCCUGGCGGCGCGUCACCUGCCGGGCUCCAACUGCCUCCUGCCCGACUACACCCUCAAACAGGAGUACGCUGCGUCCAACCACCCCUUCUCCAUCACGAGGCUGCUGCCCACGGAGAGCAAGGCGGACCUGUACGGCAAACCGUCGGACCUGAAGCUGCAGUACGACAUGGCGCAGUACGGCUACAACCACCACAGCGGCUUAGGGGCGGGCCUGGGGGCCGCCGACAGCUACUACCACUACCACCACUCGUCCCCCGGGACCACUGCCUUGUGACAGUACCCGCUGGCCUAAGGCCGCUGGCCUGGGCCGGGCCCAGCUUGGACUGGACACGCCCCCCGCCGUGCGCACGCGUGCGCGAGAGUGCAGAGCGCGUGCAGUGCACGAGACGGACAUGUGCCUGAGAACGGUGCAAGUCUUGCCAAAUGAGAAAAACAGUGUGAAUGAGUACGUGUGGGUAUGUGUGAGUGUGUGCGUGGUGUUAUUUUCUGAGAAAGUGUGGAGGACUUGUUUUUAAAAUCAGUGCGUCAUGCUUUUGUACAUUUUUAUAAAGUAUGCAAAAAGUGAAAAAAAUAUGUUAAAGUGCGAAUAUUGGCCACGGACUAUUUUAAAAGUAUUUGUUAUAUGAUAUGUUUGAAUUUUUCUGUUUUUAUUUUGUG